AUGAAAAUUUUAUUAUCUCAGGCAGUUAUGAUUCAUCUAUUAAAUUUUGGAAUAAAUAAAAUGGAUGGUUGUGUUAAUAUAACAUUAAAGAUCAUACUAAUUAUGUCUAUUCAUUAAGUUUUAAAUAUAAUUGAAUAUUCUUAGAAUGAUUAGAAAUGGAAUGUGAUUUAAAAGAUAAAAGUAGAAUAACAUGGACGUCGAUUAAGUUUUAUAAAUGAUAAUUAAUUCACAUUUUAACCUUAUAUUCAAGAAUAAAUGCAUGUAUAUUAGAUAAAUAGUAGAAAUCAAUAAUUUUUUAAGUCCAAGCAAAUUACUGUAAAAUCUGGUUCACUUUGUUGUAUUAAUCAAUUUUCAUAAUAAUAUUCAAAAUGUAAAUGUCUUUUAGUGAAUAAAAAUGGAUACCAUAUCAACUUAAUAAGAAAGUUAGAAAACGGAGAUUUUGUGACUGAAUAAACUAUUCAAUUUGAUCAUCUCAUAUUUUUGGUUAAUUAAGUAAUGAUGGCGAAUAUUUAAUCACUUGGGAUUAGAAAUCAAAAGAAAUACAAAUUAGAAAAUGCGAGGAAUUAUGAAUAAUAUUUAAUAUAUAUGAGAUAAUUAGAAAAAAAUAUUAUAAAAUUAAUUAAUGAGGUUUCUUCUCAAAUAAAGCUUUAUAAGACAAAAUUUUCCUUGAGAAAUUUACUAAAAUCAAUAUGA